CCCCCCCCAUUCCGCCCACACAACGCUGGCGCCACCACACAACACUGGCGUCUCUAGCCAUCGCUCUAGCCGUAGCCGUAGGCAUUAGGCUUGGUGUGUGUGAACGUGGUCACGUCGUACUCGUCAGUCGCCAUUUGUUCAUUGUGGUCAGCUUGCCGAUGAUGCGUUCCUACACGAUUGCGAAGAAAAUCGAGGUGGUGCAGUGGCAUCGCCAAGCUGGACGAAAUGUGCACGAGACUUCGCGGCACUUCAACAUCGAUCGGAAGCGGAUCCGCGAGUGGGAUGGAAAGUACGAAAGCUUGCUGCAACAAAACUUCGGCAAGUCAAAGUUACGACGCAAGCUGAGCAACGGUGCUCCUGUGUUUAGUGAGGAGCUGGACGACGCCCUGUUCGAAUUUUUUGAGCGCGAGCGAAGUGCUGGACGCGCUGUGAGUAACAGGCUGCUCGCAGAAGAGGCUUUGCGUAUAGCCAGGAGCCUGCAGCUAGGAAACUUCCACGCUUCGACCCAUUAUAUUGCCAGGUGGAAGCAGCGAUUUAGCAUCUCCAUGCGACAGGCAACAAACGAAAGCCAGAAGACGCCAGAUGACUACGCAGAAGCAGCACAUGCUUUUCGGUCAUCCGUGAACGAGUUGCGAUUGUGUCACGGCUACACACCAUUUAAUAUGGCCAACAUGGAUCAGACAAUGGUUCGCAUGGACUGUCCGGCUUCCCGAACGAACAACAACAUCGGGGAAAGUUCGGUACGGAUCACCAAUACUGGUUGUGCCCGGCGAGGUUUCACAGUUUCACUGACUGCCUGCGCAUCGGGCCACAAACUCCCGGCCUUCGUCAUUUUGAAGGAGCCGAGCGGCAAGAUUCCGACCAAGGCUUUUAUGAAACUUCGAGUGCCAGCAAAUGUCCGCGUGACUGCGUCCAAGAACGGGUGGAUGUCCUCCGACAAGUUUCAGGAGUGGUUGUCGAGGGUUUGGGGCCCUAACACCGACGACGUGAGGCGGUUGCUGGUGCUAGACCAAGCGCCUAUUCAUAAGACGCAGGCAGCAAGGGAUGCUUUGGACGAACGGGAGACGGACGUUGCAUACGUUCCGGCUUGCUGCACGAGCAUACUGCAGCCGGCGGACGUGUAUUGGAACCGGCCGUUCAAAGCCAACCUUCGCAGGAGCUGGGAGGAGUUCAUGCGUAGGGCUGAAAAAACUCCGAAAGGAAAUCUGCGGAAGCCGUCGCAUCAAGACGUCCUGGAUUUCGUGGCUGCGGCAUGGGAAGCUGUGUCAGAGGAAACCGUUGCCAAGAGCUUCAAGGGCUGCGGUAUCUCUAACGCGCUGGAUGGCUCAGAGGAAGGCUGUCUGCAUGGCCGGCUGUCCGACGUUGGCACCGUUCCCCCGGAACAUCGCGAUGGGCUGCAGGCCGAAUGCUGCAGCCUAUUUUUCGAUACAGACUCUGAGGACUCCUUUGACGGAUUUCAGUGA